AUGGCGACAACAGCUCUACAAGGAUGGCAUCCAGGCGAGCUGGCAGUCCAACGCAAGCUUGGAUUCGCGGAUGCCGUCAAUGAUCGCUGGCUCCAUAUAAGCAACUUUCUGCCUGAGCAGCACCGCAAAUUUCACACGUCAAAUUUACUCUUGGCUCCAGUUACGACUAUCGAUGAGGUUGACCGUCCUUGGGCAUCGGUGGUGGCUGGACCUAGUGGUUAUUUCGGGUUCGUGAAAAGUCCGGAUCCGACAACCCUAUCCAUCAGCGCUGGACUUUGGGAAGGAGAUCCACUUCUGGAUACCCUGAAAGCACGGAUCAACCCGAAGCAUCGACUGGCUGCAAGACCCGAGAGAUUCCUGGUUGCUGGCUUAGGUAUCGACUUUGAAACACGCAGAUGUAACAAGUUUGCGGGCUUUAUACGGAGUGUGAGCACUACUACAGUGUCAGAGUAUCAUUUUGACUUGCAAGUCGCGGAAGCCUUAGGAAAUUGCCCAAAGUAUAUCAAUAUCCGAAAACUUAUUCCUUACCGACAUACGCGACCUGUGGUUGCGCACAGGCAAGAAAACCUGACACCCCAUCAACGGCUGCCAAAAGAGGUCAUUGAGUUUAUUCUCAAAUCUGACACAGUAUUUGUGGGCUCUAUCUACAAAUCAGAGAUUUCGUUCACAACUGGCGAUAUCCUCUAUACGACGGGUCUAGCUGAGAAUCUCGUGGGGCCAUCUGUAGUAAAGAUCAUGGCCAGGCAUACGGCUAUUACGUCAAUGCAGGUGACGGCAUUUGUGUUCGUUCGAGACGCUCUCCCUGUUCGACAACAACCGGGAACCACUGUUGAGCGCAGUCCGUACAGCCCAAACGUCAAAUACCUCGUGGAAGAGAGUGGGAAUCAGGCGAGUAGUGCUGUGCAAUCUCGAGCACGGCUUCAAGACGCAGUCCAGAUUUCCUCCGAUCUUGCCGUGUUUAGGUUCAAGGUAAUUACCAAAUCCGGUGUCAGCGACCUGAGCGUUCGGCCUGGACAAGCCAUCGUUCUGGACUUUAUGGAUUGGAUAGGUCCGCCCCAGUACCAACAUAUGGCACAUUCUGCACCAAGAUCACUCAAUGAUGAUUGUAUAUCAGGUACCACAGGUGACUUUUCCUUGCAUCAUGGCAAGGUCAAUGUGCUAUGGGUAGCUGGGGGGAUUGGAAUAACUCCAUUCCUAGCGAUGCUAAGUGCACUUGUGGAACGCGGCUCGACAGCCGAGGGUGACAUUAUGCUAGUUCUGGCAACAAAAGAUGCAAAGGCCAUGUUAGGCUUGAUGAGACAAUCUCUUGAAAAAAUAUCGUUGGCGGUCCAUAUCAGAAUUGACAUAUUCACCCAUGAUGAGCAGAUUGACGUCAAGGAUCUCGAGAAGCUGCCCCAGACAAUUUCCGUACACAGAGAUCGUAUUCGACCUGAACAUUGGGCCAAUGUACCUAAGGAUAAAGAGGUCUUUAUCUGUGGCCCGAACGAUUUUGGGGACUCGGUUACUGCGGGGUUGCGAGCUGCUGGUCUACCGCUAGGCCAAAUUCAAAGGGAAGGAUUUCAUUAA